AUGGCAAAACUCACUGAUGAUGCCGACUACGAGGUCGACGAAACGUUUGAGAAUGUACCAAGUCCACUGUCUGAUGCUGGGAAUCAUGACAACUACUAUGGCAGACGAAUGUACCAAGUCCAAUGUCUGAUGCUGGGAAUCAUGACAACUACUAUGGCAGACGACUUCGGACUAGGUGCGUUAUACUAA